AUGUCGACGUUGGGAACGAGUUAUUACGUUGAGUCGCCUGCUCUUCCCGAGCAUGAAGAUAUGGCACCGAGGUACUCAUCAGAUGCAGGGGUGGAGCAGACGAUGCUCACAGAAUAUGGCGGCCACGAGUCUUUCCCUUUGCAGGCGAAAUCUUCUAUUUUUGGUGGAUCUUGGAAUCCCAUCCCGGCCCACCCUCCAGACACAGCCACACCGACCUAUAUACAUCACCAUUAUACCAGCGGGGACAGCGAUGGCAUGUUUACGCGCUCCUGGGCGUUGGAUCCGGUUUCAGCUUCCCUGUGUUUGACGGGAUUACCAUCGACAGCAAUGCAUUAUGAGAUAAAACCCGAACCUCUUAUUGGGAGUGCUGAAUGUACAACUUUGGAGACCCACACACCUCUUUUGUCUGACAUCGGAAACGAAGCGUCCCUUGCGGAAAUUCCCUGCGAAACCACAUCCACGUCUAAAACCACUGAAGAGAGCCCGUCAGUAGAGGACAAGAGGGAGAUAGAUGCAAAUAACCCAUCAUCCAACUGGCUUCAUGCGAAGCCCACCAGAAAAAAGCGUUGUCCAUACACAAAGCAUCAAAUCCUCGAACUGGAAAAGGAGUUUCUGUUUAACAUGUACCUCCCCCGGGACCGUAGAUACGAAAUAGCGAGAGUCCUGAGUUUGACCGAGAGACAGGUGAAAAUCUGGUUUCAGAACCGCAGGAUGAAGAUGAAGAAAGAAAACAAAGAUCGGCGGAGAGACAGUUAA